AUGAGAUCUGCGUCUUAUACCCAGAAGAGUUUGCAAGUUAGCAGCUCCAGCGGCAGAGUUAGGGUUCAGAGCCCGUCUCCUUCCCGCUGCCGUGGAUCCUCGUAUGACAAUCGGGGGCGCUCUGGGUAUCGUGGAACUGCCGUUGAGUUGGGCACAGAGAUACACCAGCAACAUGCCAACGAGAAGGAGGAAAUGCAGGAACUCAAUGUUAAGUUUGCAGGAUACAUUGCAAAGGUCCAGGCGCUGGAGCAGAGAAACGCCUCUCUUCAAGCUGAGCUGGCUGCGCUGCAGAGCCGUUACAAAGGAAGCCCCACAGGCAUCGGAGAAGAAUAUGAUCUCAAGUUCAGGGAGUUGCGGGAGCUGAUCGAGACCCUGACUAAUGAGAAGGGAGCGGCUGAUAUUGAACGAGGCUACAUUGAAGAGGAGGUUGAAGUGUGGAAACUAAAGCUGGAGGAGGAGCUGGCUCUCAAAGAAGAAGCAGAAAUGAUUCUGAGGGAAUUUCGUCAGGAUGUUGAUAAUGCCACACUGCAGAAGGCCGAGCUCGAGAAGCGCAUAGAACAACUGGUGGCCGAGAUAGAGUUUCUAAAGAAGCUGCACGACGAAGAGGUGGCUGAUCUCAUGAAGCAGAUUGAGGAUUCAAAGAUUACAGCUGAGCUGGAUGGCGAUCGUCCUGAUCUGGCUGCUUAUCUGCGCAACAUGCGUGCAGAGAUUGAAGCUGUUGCCGCCCGCAAUGUCCAGGAAGCUGAGAAGUGGUACAAGAGCAAGUUUGACACACUCAAACAGCAUGCAGGCAAACAUGAAGAACAGAUGAAGACCAUGAAAGACGAGAUUACGACCUUCCAUAAUCAGGUGACCGACCUGCAGAACCAGAUUGAUGGCCUGAGGGCUCGCAAUGCCGCCCUGGAGCAUCAGCUGGAGGAAAUGGAGAUCUCCCACAUGGAAAAGGUGGGGACUCUAGAGAGUGUCAUUGCUCAGCUGGAGGCCCAGCUCUGUGAAACCAAACUGGAGAUGACCAAGUAUCUUCAAGAUUACCAGGAACUGCUGCACAUUAAGCUCAAGCUGGAUGCAGAGAUUGCAACCUACAGGAAGCUGCUGGAAGGAGAGGAACAGAGGCUUGGAAUUACCAAAGAUGUCUAAAUAUCCAGAAUGAGGGUAGUGGCAAGUCCAGAACAGUCACAAAGAAGACCUGCAGUGCAUCAU